AUGUUUAGUACCCGAAUGUAUCUUGCAGCCAAAGAUGGACCUCCUCCUAGACAGUUACCUCAUCUACACGGAAUGUUCGCCUUAAAGCCAAUGCUCGUCCAGGUGCGGCUGCUACGACUCAGCUGUCAGGGAUGUGCUUCCACCUUCUCGUGGUCUGGCCUGUUAACCAGCUAUUUUAUGUUGGGAACUAGGAGAAGCACUUAUUACAUAGGAGAAAUAAAUGCAGAGAACAAGGAUGAAAUAUAUGCUCUUAGUUAUGUUUCGAGCCUCUGCAUGAAUACUAGUCUUCCAAAACUAUUUCCAUUUUGGCAUACUCUUCCCAUUAUCGGUUUAGUUACAACGGCAACACAAAUUUCCAGUAAUUUUGCUUCUGGUGUCCGUGUAAUCGUUAACUUUUUAUUUCCACCAGGUAUUGUCAAAGGUUCCGAAUAUGGAAGGUUUUAUCCUCCAACUUUAAAACUCAAAAUAUGUAUUUUUGAACUCCAGAAAUUCUCGUUACACAAAGAAUUACGGCACAUAUUGAGGCUAGUCGAGAAAGACAGAGAAGGCUCUCGGUUACGUGUGCAGUCGGAUUUAGAAUGUCAAAGGAACAUGCCUCGUUUUUUGAACUGGCCAUUGGACAAACGCCGAGAAUCGUUGUAUGAUCUGCUUUUACGUGGAAAAAUUAGAAACAGAUAA